AUGUCAAUUGGCAAUGGUCCUCUGAUCGUAUCGACCUUUGUGCUGUGUUCACUAAUCACUUACUUCUCCUUAUGCUCCAGGAAUUUCUUUUCAUUGCAUCCGAUGUUUAUGAGUUUCGGAUUUCUGUUAUUUAUGUUAAAUGGUAUAAAUGUACUCAGUGAGCGUGCUUUCGGUGUCUUGAAAUCUAGGUCCGAAAAGAUAAAAGCUCACUGGCUACUCGAGUCCCUUUCAGUACUAUUUAUUUUCAUUGGUUUUCUUGGAAUUUAUGCUAACAAAAUAUUAGACGGAAAACCGCAUUUCACCACAUGGCACGGAUUUCUAGGUGCAGUCACAAAUAAAGUUUUAAAUGAACUAAUAAUAUGGAGGAAUGGUAAAACAUGCAUCAAAAUGAAAUUAAACAGCACAUAUCGUAAUCAUGAAGCUUUAACAAAUCAGAAUUUGAGAUUCUGA